AGAUAAAAUCAUGGAGAGAUAUAGAGAAAGAAAAAUCCCUAUAGAAAAGUUUGCACUUACAAUUACAAUUUAUGCUUGUCCUCUUGUUUUCCCUAGGAUUGACAAGUGGCUCGGAGUUGCUCUUCAGAAUGGUGUAAAAGUAUGUGAGGUUUCCACCUCACACUUUCCUGUUUCCACAUUCUUGGCAUCAAAAUCUUUAACAGAAUUGCUUCUGAUGAGUUGUAAUCUGAUGGAUCUUUCAUUAUCUACUAGUCAAGUGGUGAACUGCCAUUCUUUGAGAAAAAUUUCUCUAUAUGUUGUUCGUUUAGAUGACAACAUGCUUCAAACUCUGCUUAGUUGUUGUCCCUUAAUUGUUGAUUUCAUCAUUGAGAAUUGUCCUUUAUUGACAAAGAUUGAGUUGCAGAAUCUUCAAAAUAUCAAGUCAGUUUCUAUUUCAACACAUGAUAGUGAUCGGAACCAGAGUGUUAAAAUCCAAGCACCAAGUUUAGAACACUUAUCUUAUUCUGGGUGUCGUUGGGGAGAGUCCCAAGUAUUGGAUAUUAUUGAAUGUCAGAAUCUAAAAUCUUUAAAGCUAUCAGAUAUGAAGAUAACUGAAGGAUUUCUCCGAAACCAUAUUUCUACAUGCCAAUACCUUGAUAGUUUGAUAUUAGUUGGCGUUGCUGGAGAGUUGGAAAAGUUUAACAUUUGCGGGAGUCAAUCCCUAAAGGUCUUGGGAAUUCAAUAUUGUGAAGAUAUAGGGGAGAUUGAUGCUUCAAAUUUGGUAUCACUUGAGUAUGUUGGAAGUAAAAUUCUUGACCUGAAAAUUGCAAGAGAUUCAGGUCAAAUAAAGAACACAAAGACAAAACUUAUUUGCUGCUACAAUGAUCUUAAUUGCCACUACAAUGAUUUAAUUAAUGUUGCAUGGUUCUGUAAAUUGAGGAAAUUCCUAUCAAACUUAACCUCUUGGUCUCACGUUUCCCUUGAUUUUUACAAAAACUGCAAUGAGAUCAGCAUGAAAGAUCUGCAACUGCACCAUAGUGUUGGUACCCCUCAAGUGGAUGUUUUAGAUGUGUAUAUAAAGUCAUCUAAGGAAUGCCCAAGUUUGGUGGAUGCUUUGCUAUGGAGUUGUCAUCCUAAGAAACUCAACCUAUUCUCAACUAUUGAAAUGACUACAUGCUUGAUGAAUUUUUUAAUGUAUAUGAAGAAUUCGAGUCAUUCUACUUCUCAUGGAAGAAAGCCUUGGCAUAGUCAAUUAAAUGAAGUAAGAGCCUACAAAUUUGGCUCGGCUGUGGAACUCAGAAGUGGAGAACUCGCGACCCUUACGGAAAUGGAUUCAAUAUAUUUUUUAUUAGAUUGGUGAUGUAGUUUAUUAGAGUUUAAAUCGAAUGCACUUAUUCA